AUGCAAGCAAUAGACACACGAGUCACGUCUAUGCUUCGGCGUGCACGCGAUGUUUUGAUUUUUGCCACAAUAUGCGCAUCCUACCGAUCAUGUAUCCCGUCACUUAUUGGAAAAGACAAGGCUAAGAAAUCGUUUUUUGGCAAUUAUAACGCGAUGAUUGAAAGUAUUGCGUUGGAAAAUUCCCUCUGCAGAGACGACUUUCCCAGUUGUAAUGAUGUGAAGUUGUUUUUAAAGAGGGUUGAUUCGAGUAAAUUUCCCAAUUUGAAAGCCCUUAAAAACAUGAGGCUGUAUGAUGAUCUGAAGAAUGCCAUCGAUAUCACUCUCCCAUACUUAUUCUUACCCCUCAAGCAACACGCCAUGAUGGACCCUCGCGAUCGGAAGACAAAUCUCGUGAAAAUACUUAGCUACAACGUUGAGCGUGCAAAUGAAAAUGAGACGGUUGUUCCUAUGGGAAAUUCCAAUAUUACUUCCCAAAACCCACUCAUACUGAGAGAGGAAGAUAAGGUUCAUCCCUUACACAUUCCGCAGAAAAUUAACCGGGCGAAGGUCACCCUAAAAUAG